AUGUACUAUUGCUUGGAACAGACCUUCGCCAGCGCGAAGUCUCGCCCGACUCCGGAUCCUGGUGGCAUCUUUUAUGAGACGCUGCGGGAGCGUGCCUCUACGCUGCCGAAGCUGAGGAGACAGGUGCUCAGAGGAUUGCCAGGCGCGACCGCCGGCGAGGAUGCCCCCAGGUCGAUCCUCAGUGAGCCUUCCUGGGCUUGCGAGGAGGACUUUGCAACUCCAGAAAGGCUGACCGAGGAUGCCAGCGGAAAUCGGGCAGUGGCCUUUGAAGAAAUGGACCUCUGGAACCCGUUUUGGAGGCUGAUUGGUGGUGCGGACUGCGGCCUCGCGGAGCAAGUUUGCAUCGCCCUUCCUCUAGAGGCACCUGCUGCUGACGCAGCUUUCAAGACCAAUUUGCGGAAGGAAGAGGGCCGCUUGUUCUGCUUCCUCCCGCUGCCUCCCAGCGCGGUGUCUCUACGCCUUGCAGCUCACGUUCAUGCGCCGCUGAACACCACGCAAGACCGCCGGAGCGUGCUCCUGGACAGCCGCGUGGGCGACAACGAGAUCAUCAACACGAACGUGCGCCUGCUGGAUGUUCGCAUCCCUGAGUGCAUUGCGCGCUGCGCGCUGGAUCUCUCGAAGAAUGCCUCGCCCAAGGACUUCUUCAGCAUUCUGCCUGUGCUUCACGGCAGAGCUGAAGGGGAAAAGGAUGCGCCUGAAACCGGAGUGGCAGAUCGAGUCGCCCAGUCCUUCUACAAGAUGCUGAUUCGACGACCCGAGCCGAUCUUCCCAGUAGCGGCCGCGGGCCCGCGGAGGUGUGUGCGCUUCAGCGAUGCCGUCUUCGUGUCCCAGCGAGAGGCCAAGACCUCGGCUGGAGGGCCGAAGGAGGGCGCCGCGCUGCUGGAUCAGGUCAGCGCCAGCCUGGCGCGGUUCGGGGUGCCGGUGGUGAAGGUGCCCCUGAGGAUCUUGGAGUCCUUCGAGCAGGUGCUGCACCCGGCAAAGCCCCGGGUGCUGACCCCAACGUGGCUGCGCCAGUUCCUGCGCACCAUGGGCUCCUCCGAGUCGCGGAAAGCCAGCCCUGGGUUUCCCUUAGCCACCGGCGAGACGGAGACGGACAGCACCGAGAAGAGGGGCCAGGAUGCCUCGAUUCCGUACCUGCGCGUGGACGAGGCUGUGGCCUUUCUGGACUUCGCGCUGGCGGACGGCGACCACGGGGACUUGGAAGGCGUCCCGCUCCUCUUCACCGAGGACGUCAGUGUGGGAACCAUGGCGUUCGCGAGCGGGCUGAAGACUGUCUUCAUGCCCGAGGACGAGGAAGAGUACCAACUGCUGCCAAAGGCUCCGGCGCGGCUCCUCUCCAAGGAGAUCCGCAAGCAGCGGCCCUGGGUCUGGGUGAACCUGCAGCAAAUGGCCAGCAGCGAAGCCGCAGGAGAUGCCAAGAGCUUCCAGCUCCGACGGAUGACAGCGGCGCCCCUGAUGUCCGCGCUGCAGGAGCUGCUGCCCAAGAGCUGGAACGUGGCUGUGCCCGAGGUCCCCACGGCCGAGUGGGAAGGCUGGGUAGAAGGCUGGCUACGCGCCCUGUGGAGCUGGAUGAGCAGGAUGGAUGUCCCAGCCAAGAACAUGCUCCAGUGGCCGAUCGUACCAAGUCUUCAGAACGAGGCUGACGAAGACAAGGGGUACGGAACCACAGUGCCUGCGCGACUUUACAGGCUUCAGCCAGAUGCCGCGCUCUUUUCGCACAAGGGCGAUGCAGCGAGGCCGGGCAUUCUGGAAGGCCCCUUCGCCGGGCCUCUGGUGAAGCUACUGGAGCGUGUGGGCUGCACACCUGUGCGCCUGCCCGUGUGGCUCCACGAGCGUCUGCUGCUUGGCUUCGUGCAUCCCGGCACCGCGGACGGCUUGAUGAAGGCCUGCCACAACCGCCUCCGAGCCUUGCUCGACAAGGAUGCGAAGGACCGCUCCGCCGGCGCGCGGAAGUUCCGGACACUGCUGGGGCAGCUGGGCCCGGAGCAGCAGGGCGCCGUGGCGGCCUGGCUGGUGGCCGCCGGCCGCGAGAGCUGCGAUUGCGGCUUGACUCCGUGCGCCAACGACGACGUGGCGCGGAAGUGGAGGUGGGAGUGCGAUGUGAUCCGCUCGGCGCCGGUGCUACAGCCCUUUGGUCGACAGGACCAGGUCGCUCUGGUGGAUAGUGCCCCGGGCAAGCCAUGGUCUUUGCUGCCCGAG